AGUCCAAAAGCUCAAGUGAGCAGCUGUCAGCAUUAGAUUUCAGACAAUGCCAUACGUACUUAUCCUGUUCAUGGUUUAUGCUCUAUCGCCUUGUGGUGUUCAAGGCGAUGCGCUUGAGGUUCUGUCCAUGUUUGCUGACACGAGCGCUAAGAGAAGCACCAAGAGUCACCUCCACUGUGCUGUGAAAUGCAUGAAGCAGAAGGAAUGUAAGCUGUUCACUUCAUCGUUCUCCCCCGAAACGGGUUACAAUGGACUCAAUUAUAAAUGUAUACUGGAUGUGACUCCCGGCAACAGGUCUUCAUACAAUAUUAUAAACAACUGUAUGACUAAAACAGUCUAUGUGAAGCAUCUCCCACAGGCUCUUGCAGGCGCAUGUCAGGGGCACACAUGCAGGAAGUUUCAAGUGUGUAUCCCGAUGACUGAAGGAGGGUACCGUUGUCACUAGAACUUUGUUGAGGUCGUUCUUGAUAUUAGAAAAGUAACUUACACCCACUGUGUAUAUAAUGGAUAUCCGAUGAGCCAUCGUUAUUUUGUAUAUUACCGGGCCCUUGUAUAGCAUAAAUAAAAUGGUGUCAUCUA